GGAGUUUCAGCAUGGCGUCCAGAAGAAGGCUGUGGGCUGGUGACUGGUCUGAGUGACGUCAGUGUUGUGGGCGAGUGCUGUGCUUGUCAGUUUCAAGACGAGAGAUACGGUUUCGCUGCUGGAAAAGAAACUCAACAACAACAUGUUCACAAUAAUGAUUGAUUAAAUAACAACACCGCAAUUAUGAGUGGUUUUACAAAGCAGACGAGCACGGAUUGUUUUCAGCUGGGGUUCCCUCUUGCGCCGGGAGACAGGGAUGUAACGACAGAUGAGAUCGAGACCAGGAGGAGGGAGCACUGGAAGCUGCUGGGCAGUCUGAAGACCACCGUGGAGGGGCUGCUGUCCACCAACAACCCCAACGUGUGGUCCAAGUACGGGGGGCUGGAGCGACUGUGCAAGGACAUGAACAACAUCCUGAGCCAUGGACUUUUGCACGACGAGGUUUACUGCAAGCAGAAGGACUACUGGCGCUUUGUGUGGUGCGUUCGCUACGUCAGCCCGCAGCUGGCACCGCACGUCAACCAGUUCAUGAACCUGGAGGAGAGGAGCCCGAGGCCUGGCCUGCAGCCCAGCGAGCGGCACAAGGCAGAGCGCUGGCUUCACUACAGCCUGCAGUUCCAUUGCCUGUCUGCACAGCUGCGGCCCCUGCUGCACCAGCGGAGCUACACUCGCAAAUUCUACACAGACUCCGCAUUCCUGCUGAGUGACCCCCAUGUGACGGCCAUGUUCCAGUGUCUGGAGGCUGUGGAGCAGAACAACCCCAAGCUGCUGGCUCUGAUCGACACGGCCAUGCUGGCCCACAGGAAGGAGUCCCCUCUGCUGCUGAUGAAGAGUCAGAGUCUGCUGGCCUUACCAGAGUCUGUGGGCGUCCUCCCCCACAACGGGGUGCAGCGCAGAUACACCACCUCCUACAGCAGCCAGCAAGCAGGACAGUGCAGCCCCCUGCCUAGCACAGUAGCCGGUCAGUUUGGGAGCCACAUGGAGCGCUCCGGUGUUGCCCAGUCUUGGCUCUGUGCAGACAGAGGAAUCGGCACGCUGCCCCCUGCACUGCCCAACUUCUCUGUCAGCGAGCCCGCCACUCCAGCAGGCAGCGUCCUGGCCACUCACGCCCCUGAGGACCCCUACGGAGAGCUAGAUGAUGGGCCGGAGUACCUGGCCAUUGGGAACCUGGGUCGGCGCUGCCGCGUCUCCCACAGCAGCAGCACUGGGAGCACUGAGAGCAAUGGGAGCAUGAAGGGGGGCCCUCCGGCUGUAACCGCACCCUCAUCCCUGAGAUCUGCCCUCCUCAGCCUGCCCCCCCGGCGCUCCAGCUUCUCUGAGGGACAGGGGGCGGAGAGACCGGACGGGGCCAGGAAAAGCCACGCCCGCUCACACUCGGACACAGGAGUCACACAGGCGCGGGCACCAGGAGGACACCGGGACAUCACUAUUAUAAUUGAGGACCCCAUGGCAGAGUCUCUCCCCGAGGUGCCCAAUGUGAUGGAGUAUGGUGCCUUCUCCACGCACAGCAGCGAGGUCAGCACGCCCAGCUCCCUCUGCAUGGAGUCCGAGGGCUCCCAGGUCAGUAGUGUGUCGGACAGCAUGUUCCGCAGGCCUUCGGAGGGACAGUCUCUCAUCAGCUACCUCUCUGAGCAGGACUUCGGCAGCUGUGCUGAUCUGGAGAAGGAGAACGCUCACUUCAGUAUCUCAGAGUCUCUGAUUGCAGCGAUUGAGCUGAUGAAGUGCAACUUACUGAAGCGCGGGGGGCUGGGCUCUGAGGGGGAGGGGGAGGAGGAGAAUGACCAUGAGAUCCAGGAGCUCAAACAGAAGAUCUGGCUCCGCAGGCAGCAGAUCCGCACCAGCCGCCUGCAGCCUCCCCCGCCGCACUCCCACAGCGCUUUCACCACUACUGACAGCGGUGGUUCCCAGCACAGCUCCCAGGAGUCCUUGCGGCACUCAGACUCCGGUUCCAUUGACGAGGUGAAGGAGUGCGCUCUCAAAGACGCUGAUAUUAAGAGGAGCCUGACCUGCUGCAGUGGCAAGUCCUUGCUCAGCUCGGAGUCCAUCUGUCACUCCUUUCUGCAAUCAAACUCUGCCGAGUCAGUGGCGAUGGGGUUGCUGCGGCAGUUUGAGGGGAUGCAACUCCCUGCCGCCUCCGAGCUGGACUGGCUUGUCCCCGAGCACGAAGCCCCACAGAAGCUGCUGCCGAUCCCGGACUCGCUGCCGAUCUCCCCGGAUGACGGCGAGCACGCAGAUAUCUACAAGCUGCGGAUCCGUGUUCGAGGAAACCUGGAAUGGGCUCCUCCUCGACCACAGAUCAUCUUCAACAUCCACCCCGUGCCCAAGAGGAAGGUAGUGGUGGCCAAGCAGAACUACCGCUGUGCAGGCUGUGGGAUCCGCACAGACCCCGAUUACAUCAAGCGUCUGCGCUACUGCGAGUACCUGGGGAAGUACUUCUGCCAGUGCUGCCACGAGAACUCCCAGUCCGUGGUGCCCAGCCGAAUCCUGCGCAAAUGGGAUUUCAGCAAGUACUACCUGAGCAACUUCUCCAGAGACCUGUUGGCCAAGAUCUGGGGUGACCCCCUCUUCAACGUGCAGGACAUCAACAGCGCCCUCUAUAGGAAGGUGAAAGCGCUGGAGCAAGUGCGGCUCCUGAGAAUGCAGCUGGUCCACAUAAAGAACAUGUUCAAGACCUGCCGGUUAGCUAAGGAGUUGCUGGAGCAGUUUGACCAGGAACCUGGUCACUUGACUGAGGACCUGCACCUGUACUCUCUGAGUGACCUGAGCGCCGUGCGCAAGGGUGAGCUGCCCCCCCGCUUGCGAGAGCUGGUGCGCCGAGGGGCUGCACACGUGCACAGCUGCAUGCUGUGCCAGGCAAAGGGCUUCAUCUGCGAGUUCUGUGGGAAUGACAAGGACAUCCUCUUCCCUUUCGAGCUCAAUAAGUGCCGCCGCUGCGAAGAGUGCAGUGCCUGCUAUCACAAAAACUGCUUCCGCUCGGAGGACUGUCCGAGGUGCAGGCGGCUCGCUGCACGACGUGAGCAGUUGGCCAGACGGAACAUGGAGCAGUAUGAGGAGGAUUUUAAAACAUCCCACUUGCUGUGUCGCUGUGGGGGGCUCUGCUUGGGUGCGUACAAGUCUGGAUCAGCCCCCGCUGGCUCUUUGUGGCUCUGCGUUCGUGUUGGACUCCUUGCCUGGUUCUGCAGAGGGUGUGGGUUUGGAGAAAUUAUAUCAAAAAAAGUAUGCAUGAAUGUAUUUCUAAGCAGGGUUGCGUUUUGUAGUAAGAAGCUCUGCGUGCUCUAAUGAAGACAAAACUACCAUUCCUCAAACAAUCAGGACUGUGCAAGCCAUUGAAAAAGUCAGACCCUGCUAAAUCUGCUCUGAAUGGACCAGAUCUGUCCAAACAGGAGCAGCUUUGUCACGGGUCAGUGCACGUAAUGGACAGCUGGAGAUCCCAGUAAUUCACUUGACAUGACAGUAUUUCAAAAGAAUGCAUUGCCCUCUGUGUCUGUAAAACAACCUCUACAUCCACCUGAUGAAGAUGAGGUUUUAUUGCACUGUUAUACAAUCUAUAUAGAAGAAUCUGUAGAAUCUAUAGAACACCCCGGGGACUUCCUGCGCAGGAGUGGUUAUGAGGUUAAGUGUGUGUGGGAGUGAAGGGGAGUUUUGCAGUGCAGCUGAGAGUGUUGAACACUGAUGAAGCUGUGUGCUGUAGCUUUGCAAUGAACAUUGAAAUAUAUAAAAUCAUCUCCUGUAGAAGCAGGGCAAGCUGGAAGUCCUGCAAUUCACUUUUUAAUAUGUAUAAUUUAACGGCUGAAUGUGUGAAAUGUCCUGGAACACGGCUGCCAACAACCAAACAAGGCUGAAUUGGAGCUCCGUGGACCUGGGUUUCCAGUGAAGCUUCUUACUCACCGUGUGUGUAUAGUACAGAAGCAGUACUGAACUAAUUUAUAUAUUAUGUGUAAUUGUGUUGUGUGUGUGUGUGUAUAUAUCCUGUAUUAUUAAUCUGCCUCAAAGUCUUGCUGUAAAUAAGAACGACACAUUUUAUAGGAUUCUAUUACCAGUUUGAGAUGGAACAGAACCUGAGACACUGCACUGAACCGUCCUAAAAUAGAAAAACACAAAAUCAACUAAACUUGCUUGUGCCUUUGUUUGUUUGGUUCUUUCUUUCUUGUCCAGUUGAGAUUAUGUGGGAUGAAUCUUGCCCAGAGGUUAGUGGUCUAGGAUGCAGUUUGGAAAGCAGUGGAUUCAUCAGCUCUGUGGAUAAGAUGCAGGGCUGUGAGAAUCCAGCAGUCUCAGCUUCCAAAGCAUCUGAAAGAAAUGUUACCCCAAACAGUUACAGAAACCCUGUUAUAUACCCUGUUAGUUUUAAUUUUCAACAUCAAUACCCUUAGUUUCCAGGUACACAAUGGAAGGGUCCAUGAGGGAUAAAGAAAGCUUUUCACACCACAGGUCUGCACAGUUCAUGCAUAUUAUACCUUUCACAAAAAAACACAAUUACCAGUACUCCCAAAUCCAUCCUAUUUCUUUUAGUCAGUAAUUAGUACGCUUGUAUUGCAUUUUGUAUUUUUCUUUCCUCCUCCCCUGGCUCCAAAGGUAGGAAGUUCAGAGCCUAGUAGUGCAUUGCUUAAGAUGUAGUCGUAUAUAAUGGGAAACAUGCCGUUCCGGUAUAACCUGCCCAUUGAUCCAGACUGACAUUCCGUGAAUCCACGCCAUUUCCUUGAGUAUCAUUUUGUUUAGGGAUGUGUCGUUUCUACGUGACAAGACCUUCAGGCAAUUUAGCAGAAAAUACUCUG